UUUGGUCCUCUCACCCAGGCUUUUCUAUCCCUCUUCCUUCUUCAUUUUCUAGUGUCUCAGUGUGUUCUCUGGUUUAUCAAAAAAUGCCUCGCCAACGACGUCAAGGAAUUGUGUAUGAUGUUCGCGAGCAAGGAACUGCUCGUCUGAUUUUCGAUGAAAAUCGGACCAAAUUUGAUGGAGUCCUCGAGACGAUUUCUGGUGAGACAAUGUUGGUCCGUGGCCGUGUGACGUCACCGACUGAUCUGGCAAGCACCUCGGCAACCACUGAUGGAAGUAUCGUAAUGGAUAUAGAUGUUGUGGAUGGCGAGGAAGGGUCUGCAUUUCAUGUGACUGGUGUCAAGGUUCUUGUCGAUGAGCAUUAUGCGGCAAUCGAUUCGACAGCCAUCAAGUUUGAAGCACUUGAUCGUUUGAUUGGCAUGAAAGCAGCAGUCGAAAUUCAACAACACAUCAGUCCAGAAAUUGCCUAUGAUUCAAAAGAAGUUUUUAUUGGGAAAAUGCAAAUUCAUCUUCUGACUUCGCAUCGCCCAUCUCCGUCGUCUCGCCGUGAAUCUGUUUGUGCUGAGAACAACGAUAUCAAGAUUCUUGAGGUGUCCGAUGACUUUUUGGCUUAGAUUUUCAAUUUUUUAAAAAUUCGGGUUGUCCUGUUUUCAAUGCUCAUUCCCCCUAAAUUGUUAGUUUCCACCGGAUAGCUGUUUUAUUUUCGUCUUUCUUUUUAUACUAAUUCUGCUUUUUCAACAAACACUUUUGAACUUGUUAAAUAUAAAAUUUUAUUGCCC